AUGCUGCGCUCCAGCCAGCGCCUCGUGACGCGCCCGCUGCGCCUGCCCGCGCGCAGCAGGGCGAUCGCCAGCUACUCGGAGCAGUACCGCCGCAGUCUCGACAAGCCCGAGGAGUUCUGGGCCGAGGCCGCGCGCGACAUCGAGUGGUUCAAGCCCUGGUCCAAAGUGCUCGACACGACGCGGGGCCCAUCGUCCAGGUGGUUCACGGGGGGCGAGAUGAACUCGUGCUACAACGCGCUGGACGUGCACGUGAACAACGGGCGGGGCGACGUCGUGGCCUUCCACUACGACAGCCCGCUCACGAGCACCAAGACCACGAUCACGUACAGCCAGCUGCUGAAAGAAGUGUCGACGUUCGCUGGGGGGCUGCAGAAGCUGGGCGUGAAGAAGGGCGACCGCGUGGUGAUCUACAUGCCGGCGGUGCUGGAGACGACGGUGGCGAUGCUCGCGUGCGCGCGGCUCGGCGCCGUGCACUCGGUAGUGUUCGGCGGCUUUGCGACGCUGGAGCUGGCGGCCAGAAUCGAGGACGCUACGCCGAAGAUCAUCAUCUCUGCGAGCUGCGGAGUGGAGCCCAAGGGCAUCAUUGACUAUGGCCCGCUGCUCAACGGCGCCAUUGAGCGCUCGGCGUGGAAGCCCAGCAAGGUCGUCAUGGUGCAGCGCGAUCUUUGCCCGUUUCCCAUGACCAAGGGGCGUGAUGUCGACUGGAGAGAUGUGAUGGCCAUGGGCAGCCCCGUUGACGCGGUACCUGUGCUCGCGACGGAUCCGCUCUACAUUUUGUACACGUCCGGUACGACGGGGCGUCCGAAGGGUGUGGUGCGAGACAAUGGUGGCCACGCCGUCGCGCUCAAGUGGGCUAUGCGCAACGUGUUCGACAUUACUCCGGAUGACACGUUCUUUGCGGCGUCGGAUAUGGGCUGGACGGUUGGCCACUCGCUGGUCGUAUACGGUCCACUGGUACACGGGUGCACGUCGGUUCUGUACGCAGGAAAGCCUGUUGGAACUCCCGAUGCUGGAGCGUACUGGCGGCUGAUCACGGAGUACGGCAUCAAGUCCAUGUUUACAGCGCCUACCGCCUUGCGAGCGAUCCGCAAAGAAGACCCGCAUGCCUUGCUGCUGAGGGGCAAGAAGGAAGAGAUCCGAAAGACGUUUAAGACAAUGUUCGUGGCUGGCGAGCGUGGAGAUCCGAAAACAUUCAACUUCUUUUCCGAGGAGCUUGGAGUACCGCUGAUCGACCAUUGGUGGCAAACGGAGACUGGAUGGCCGAUCACAGCACCGUGCAUUGGUAUGCAAAAUGACGAUGUUACGGACGAUGGCUACCCCCGCAUCAAGGUGGGCUCGGUAGCCCGCCCAGUUCCAGGAUGGGAUGUUCAGCUGCUGACGGCUGAUAAUGCUGACCACUACGAACAUCACGGCCACAAUCACGAGAAUGAAGAGCAAGACGCAGAGCUUGUGGUCAAGCUACCGCUUCCUCCAGGUGCUUUGACCACGUUGCAUAACAACCCGGAUGACUUCCAUGCCAAGUACUUCAAGCGAUUUCCAGGCUAUUAUCACACGGGGGAUACCGGACACAUCGACGACGAAGGAUUCGUCUACGUGAUGUCGCGAACGGAUGAUGUUAUCAAUGUUGCGGGGCAUCGUAUCACGACGGGGUCAAUCGAGGAAGUCAUCAUUGAGAUCCCCGAAGUGGUGGAAUGCGCGGUGUUUGGAGUCGCCGAUGCCCUCAAAGGGCACGUCCCGGUCGCGCUUCUGGUGAUUGACAAGAAGAUUGAUCGGCCGAAGGAAGAGAUCAUAGAGCAAGUGGUGCGCGACGUUCGUGAGCAGAUGGGCAGCUUUGUCUGCCUGAAGGACGUUGGCCUCGUGGACGCUCUCCCGAAGACACGCUCGGGCAAGGUCAUGCGCGCUACGAUCCAAGCUGUCGCCAACUCGGCCCCGUUCCGUGUACCGGCCACCAUCGAGAACGUCGCAGUGCUGGACGACAUCCGCGGCGUGCUCCAAAAGCUGGGCUAUGCCAAGAAGAACUCGGUCGUCACGGGCAAGUAA